CUGAUCAGUAAGGAAAUCUGCAGUGAUUAAGAUCAAUAUUUGUUUAGAGUAUGAAUCGAAUGAAUAUGAUUGACUCGAGGAGUGAUUAGCUUGAUUUGAGAUGCAAUUUCGAAUGUGUAACUGAGAAUUUACCCAAAGUCAAAUUAGAUGGCUUGUGGCUGAAAUCCUGGGCCCAAUUUUGGCGUGCUUUCAAAUUAUAAAACCGUUGGAAUUCAUUUCUCGAAUACUGGUAAUUUAUCUGGAGCUAUGUUGGUGGAUGAUGGCGAUUUUGGUAGUAGGGCGAUGGCCAAAUACGUGGACUUAGUGCUGUUUUCCGCCACCGUCGUGGCGGCGAUCUGGCCGAGGGUUUGUACGGCGCAGGAGAACAACACUUGCGACACUCACGCGAGGUGCGGCGCGUUUGGGAGCUGCAAUUCGCACGAUUCCCCAAUUUGCAGUUGCUUGCAGGGAUUCUACCCUAGAAACGCGCAGGAAUGGGACGCCGGGAACUGGACGAGCGGCUGCGUGCGGAAGGUACCGUUGAAUUGCGAAUCCAAUAAUGGCGGACGAGAGGACGCGUUCCUGAGGCUUCAGGAGAUGAAGAUAUCGGGCUAUUCGGACCGGUGGUUCGGGCCGGCGGUUCAGUGCGAAGGUCGGUGCCUGUCGAACUGUUCCUGCAUCGCCUACGGGUACGACGUAGGCAUUGGGUGUAUGUUCUGGCGCGGAGCUUUAAUGGAUAUUCAGAAAUUUCCGAGUGGAUCGGCGGGCUCCGAUCUCCAUAUUCGCGUAGCAAGUUCUGAAUUGGAGGGCAAGAAGAGCUCUAAUAAGACUGUUAUUAUUGCUGUUGUUGUUGCUGUUGUUUUUGGCCUAGCUGCUGCAGCAAUCUGUUCUUAUUUUUGUUGGAAAUGGAGGACUAAACGAAGAGGCCGCGAAAGGAGUGAGCCUCCAAAACUGGGAGGAUCUACUUCAGUUUCUUCGUCGGCCCCUGAUUCAUUGAUUCCGGUGAAUUUAGAAGAGUUACCAUUGUUUAAGUUUGAUAUACUGGCGAAUGCGACGGAUAAUUUUUCUGAAGGUAAUAAGCUCGGGAAGGGUGGUUUUGGCCCUGUUUAUAAGGGCGUGUUGGCGAAUGGAAGAGAGAUUGCUAUCAAGAGGCUGUCGAAAGCAUCGGGACAAGGCGUGCAAGAAUUUAUGAACGAAGUGGUCCUAAUUUCCAAACUCCAACAUAGGAAUCUUGUUCGAUUGCUGGGGUGCUGUGUCGAGAAUAGAGAGAAUAUGCUGGUAUAUGAGUUCAUGCCCAAUAAAAGCGUCGACUUUUUUCUAUUUGAUCCAUCGCAGGAGAUCUUGGAUUGGAGAAAGCGAAUGAACAUUAUGAAAGGAAUUUGUCGAGGCCUCUUGUAUCUUCACAGGGAUUCGCGAUUGAAAAUCAUCCACCGCGACCUCAAGCCUAGUAACAUCUUGCUUGAUGAUGACUGGAACCCGAAGAUCUCCGACUUUGGCAUGGCCAGAAUAUACGAAACCAAGCAAGAUCACGUCAGCACUGUGCGAGUGGUAGGAACAUACGGGUAUAUGGCGCCGGAGUAUGCAAUGGAAGGAAGAUUUUCUGAAAAAUCCGAUGUUUUCAGCUUCGGAAUCUUGAUUCUGGAGAUUACUAGCGGCAGAAAAAACUCGAGCUUCCAUCGACAAGGAGUCACGAUGAACUUGCUUGGACAUGCAUGGAAGCUCUGGAAUGAGGCAAAUAUCGUCGCCCUGAUCGAUCCCAGAAUUUCAGAUCCGAGCUGCGAAUCCGAGGUCUUGAGAUGCAUCCACAUCGGGUUAUUGUGCGUGCAAGAACUUCCCGUCACUCGGCCAUCCAUUUCAGCCGUGCUGUCGAUGCUAAGCAGCAGUGCCUUCGAGCUUCCCAUCCCAAAACAACCUGCAUUCGCCGUAUCCAAGUCGAGCCAUUCGAAUACGGGCGCCACGAGUUCUUCGCAGACUAGUUCGUCGGCGAACGAUCUCACGCUCACAAUGGUCGACGGGCGAUAGUACUACGAUUUGAUUUCCGAUGUCGCUGACGAUGCCGGAAAAUAGAAAAUGUUAGAAUAAUGACAUUAGCUCCAGAUCACAAGCUCUACCAAAACUAAUUACAAUGGCGUCUCAAUCAAUCGCAGAAAUGAAACGAGAAUCAAUGAUGAUGAUGAUGGAGCAGCAUCGAUGUGGCUUGAGCGAGGAGAUGUGGACUCAAUCGGAACAUCAACACACAAAACUCCUUCUGAUUCAGGCAUCCAUCGCCGUCCAGAUCUCCUUCCCUCAACAUACUCCGGAGCAGCUCCUCGUCGCCGGCGG